ACGACGUCUGUAGCGAAACUAUAUUCGAUAAAUUCAAAGUAAAAGUGACCGCUAGGAAACGUUGAAUUACAUUUUGAUUAUUCUGUGACUAAAAAAGUUAGAGGUUAGGAAAUAAAUUAGACGAACUUCAUUACAAAUAUUUAUACUUUACCGUAACAAGCACUUUAUUUUUCUAUCCACCAAUAAAUUAGAGUUUAUUUGAAGGCUAAUCUAAUAAUGAAAGUGAUUGCAAAAUAAACACUUAACCAAAAGAUUUGAUUCUUUAGAACAUCCAUUCACUUCAGUGCUUAGUGGUUACGUUGCAUUUUAUUGCAAACAUUAGAAGGAUUGAUUAUUUUUUUAGCAAAAAAGCAAUGGCAGAGUCACAAAAUUUAUUAUUACAGCAAAUCAAAGAGCAGGGUGAUCUCGUUAGAAAGUUAAAAGCGGCGAAAGAAUCGAACGAAAGGGGUAUUAUAAUUAAAAAAAAUCAAGAUAUUGGUCAGAUUGACAGACAUCUAUCUCAAUACAGCUAUAUUUGUGGUUAUUUACCAAGUAAAUAUGAUUUAGAACUACUAAAAAGUAUAAAUUUUGGUGUAGAUUUCUAUAAAUAUGUGUAUAUUAAGAGAUGGUGGUACCAUAUGAGGAGUUUCAGUGACUCUGAAAGAGAUUUGUUACCUGACGGUAGACCAACAAGAGAUGUUAUUGAUCUACUAAAGCCAUACCAUUCAGUUAAUUAUGAUUAUCAGAUACAGGAAGAGGUAUCAAAAUUAUUGGGUUUAAAAGCACAGCUUAACACUGAAGAUGCCGCACCUCAAAAAUUUACUCUUAAGACACCAAAGGGCACCAGGGAUUACAAUUCCCAACAGAUGUCUAUAAGAAACAAUGUUUUGCAGAAAAUUACUACUAUAUUCAAAAAACAUGGAGCAGAGUGUAUUGACACACCUGUUUUUGAACUCAAGGAAGUAUUAACAGGAAAAUAUGGAGAAGACUCUAAACUAAUUUAUGACUUAAAAGAUCAAGGUGGAGAAAUAUUAUCAUUAAGAUAUGAUCUUACAGUUCCCUUAGCUCGUUACUUAGCAAUGAAUAAAAUAACAACACUAAAAAGAUAUCACAUUGCCAAGGUGUACAGAAGAGAUAAUCCAGCCAUGACAAGAGGGAGAUAUAGGGAGUUUUACCAAUGUGAUUUCGACAUCGCUGGCCAGUACGAUCCAAUGAUUCCUGACGCGGAAUGUCUUAAAGUGGUCACGGAAAUCCUAGACGUCCUUGACAUUGGCAAAUACAUUCUGAAGGUGAACCACAGACGUUUGUUGGACGGAAUGUUUGAGGCAUGCGGCGUCCCCGCAGACAAGUUCCGCUCAACUUGCUCCACUAUCGACAAGCUCGAUAAGUUACCAUGGACGGAAGUGAGAACUGAAAUGAUAAACGAAAAAGGCGUCACCCCCGAAGCUGCCGACAAAAUUGGGGAAUACGUCCAACUCAACGGUAGUUCGGAGUUGGCUGUCAAAUUGUUGAGUGAUGAAAAGCUAUCGAAAAGUAAAAGUGCUGUGGAGGGACUCGAAGGAAUUAAACUGCUGUUGCACUAUUGUGAGCUGAUGGGAAUUAAAGAUAAGAUUAUCUUCGAUUUGAGUCUCGCUAGGGGAUUGGAUUACUACACUGGAGUCAUUUAUGAAGCAGUUUUGACGCACCCAAUAAAAAUAGGAAAUGAAGAUCAGACAGUGGGUUCGAUAGCUGGCGGUGGACGAUACGACAACCUCGUUGGAAUGUUUGACUCCAAGAAUAAACAGGUGCCAUGCGUAGGAGUGAGUGUGGGCGUGGAACGUAUAUUCUCAGUGCUCGAAGCGAAGUUGGCUGCGGGUGAUAUUAUAGUACGAACGACGGACAUAGACGUAUACGUUGCGUCUGCGCAGAAGAACUUCCUCGACGAACGUAUGAAGAUCUGCGCGGAAUUGUGGAAUGCUGGAAUCAAGACCGAGCAGUCCUACAAAAAGAAUCCCAAAAUGCUCAACCAACUCCAGCACUGCGAAGAGAACGGAAUCCCCUUCGCUGUGGUUCUUGGAGAAUCGGAACUCAAGCGUGGUGUGGUUAAAAUCAGGAAUAUUACCUCUCGGGAAGAGGCUGAAGUACCUCGAGAGAAAUUGGUCGAGGAAUUGGAGACCAGAAUCGCAAAUUUUGGUCUGAAGGAAAUGAAUGGGUCUUAAGGUGCUAAUUAUGUUUUAGAGCGAAAUUUUUCAUUACAAAAAUAAUACAUUUAAAUUGGUACAAAUGUUUUUGUUAUUCGUACUAGGCCUGAAAUAUCGUUAUCGUUUCGAUACGAUGAAAUGUGAUUGUAAUUUUUUUAUAUAACGCGUAUUGCUACACAUUUAUAAACUUAAGGAACGUACAUUACUUACGUAACUCGAUAUUUUGGUGUCAUUUGUACAAGGGCUUCAAAUAUUAAAAAACGCGUUAAAAUCCUAUGAAAAAUUCAUAUUUAGAUGAACUAGUUACAGUAAUGUAGGUUCGCUCUAAAAUAUAUUUAUCGUUCCUCAAAAUGUGUGUACAAAGUUGUAUUAGUUAACAUGAUGAUUCCUCAUUAUUUAUUCUAAUAUAAGAAUUUUCUUGAAGGGUUUUACGAUUGUGCGUUACAUUUUUAAAUAGAGUUAUUACGAUUUACUUGCAUUUUAUGCCACGGAAAAUGUGUUUAAUGAUAAAGUGCUUACGACUGAUUGAGGUAAAAUACUAACAAUUUUGAAGGUACUUAUGGAGCGUUCAAGUAUUACAUCACGCAAUUUUUGGAGAUUUUUGACCGCCCCCCAUGAAACGCGGCGUAACGUUUGGGGGGGGGGGGAAAUAUUCGUUACGCAAUAUGUGAACGCUCCCUUAUGCGUCUGAAACUCUUUCAUAAAAUACAUACACGCAUAUUUGUAUCCAUAAACAUCUUACAAAUUUACAAAUUCUAUUAUUAUGUAAGUAUUUUUAUUUUUCUUUCAUCUUUCUUAUUAUUGACGUCGUUUAUUAAACACAUUUUCGCAUUUAUAUGAUUCACGAAAUAGAUCAAUAAAUAUGGAAGUAGUAGGUUCCCUUGCGGUAGCGCAUGGUAUGCCAACGAUACUAUAAAUAUCAUCUUGCAUAUUGGUGAUAUGAAAUGGAGUUAAAAGCAAUAUUUGGGUAUAGCAACGUUCGUGUACGUACGUAUGUACGUACAGGGUUCCGAACUGUUCGUGGAAUAAUUUCAUAACUUAGAUUGUACGAUAUUUUUAAAUAUAAAAAUAUAAUACAUAAAUAAAUAAUACAGUGGCGCUACAACCCUAAACGAGUCUUGGCCUCGGAUUGCAUUCUUUUCUUUGAUCUAUUUUAUUAAAAAUAAGUGAUCAGCCUUGUCUAACGCAUAACGUCGAUUUUUUUAUUUGAGACGUGUGGGUUUCUUCACGAUGUAUUCUAACGCGAGAGUUAGAUGCGCACCUAGUAAAAACGAUUUGUGCACAGCCGGGGAUCGAACCUACGGCCUCAGGCAUGAGAUGACUAAAGCCAUAAUAGGGACAUACAAUUUAUACACAAUAUAAAAAUGAAUACAAUAGUUAUACGGCCCUGGCUGCUUACGUUGGCUAGCUUUAGGUGGACACUGACCUGCCUACUUUUGCUGAACAUCGAUAAAUGAAUUCUUAUUUAUUUAUUUCGUGAUACUAGGUAGAGAAAUUUAGCGUUUAUACAUAAUUGAGUAUAUAAGCAUUUCCAAGCAAUAAUGUUCAAUGGCUUUUAUCCUAACUUACCAUUGUAGGUUUAAUAGUAUGAAAGUUCUGUUUAAGCUUGAACGUAAUUUAUGAAAAUGGAUGUAAGCUUUUUCUGUUACCCAUAGACUAUUUGUAUAUCUGAUUUUUUAAUAAACAAUAUAAAUAAGUUUUUA